AUGGUUCACUCCCACGGGUACAAAUGUGGCACCCGCCACCUCUUCGCUAAGAAGUUUCGCAAGCACGGGGUUCCUUCUGUCAGUACGAUACUGACCAAUUUCAAGGUCGGUGACUACGUUGACGUCGUAGCGGACGCUGCUGUACGUGCUGGAAUGCCUCACAAGUAUUACCACGGCCGAACCGGCAUUGUAUGGAAUGUGACACCGCGUGGUGUUGGUGUCAUUAUCAACAAACCGGUGAGGAACCGUACAGUUCGCAAGCGCAUCUGUGUGCGUUUUGAGCACGUGCGUAAGUCUCGCUGCCAGGAGGCAUUCAAGCAGAAGCUAAAGGACCUUGAAGCAUUUCGGGCUGCUAAGAAGGCGGGAACCCCACUUCCACCCAAAAAGGUGAGCAACCGCAACGGCGGAUUUGUUUGCCCCAAGAAAGUAGAGGUGCUGGCGCGCCGCACGGCAGACUACGAGGCAAUGAUUCCAUAUUGA